AUGAAUUAAGACAUUUAUAUCAAAAAACAAUGGUUCAUAAAGAGUCGAGAGGGGAAGGUCGAGGAUUAUUACAUUUUGGACACCAAAGAACUCUCUUCUGGUUCGUUCGGGAAGGUUUACUAAGCCAAGGCAAAACUCUUGAAAAAUGAUCCGAUGAGAGCUGUGAAGGUGAUUCCCAAAAGACUGAUUGAAAACAAGGACAGAUUCCUUUAGGAAGUAGAGAUUCUGAGAAAUCUGGAUCAUCCAAAUAUUAUCAAGCUGUACGAGACUUUUGAAGAUGUUCGCAACAUCUAUUUGAUCAUGGAACUUUGCACUGGUGGCGAAUUAUUCGAUUAAAUCGUUACUCAUGGCUAAUUAAGUGAGAAGGAUGCACAACAAGUGUUCAUUCAAAUCAUGAGAGCCAUCUCCUAUUGUCACAGCAAAGGCAUAGCUCAUCGCGAUUUGAAACCUGAGAAUUUCCUCUAUUACGAUGACAAACCAGGAAGUCUGUUGAAAGUCAUCGAUUUCGGAUUGUCUCGUGUCUUCAGACAAUCAGGUUAAUAGGAGAAAUAAAUCAUGAAGAGCAGAACUGGCUCAACCUAUUAUAUAAGUCCAGAAGUGCUCGAUGGUUAAUAUGAUGAAUUGUGCGAUAUCUGGUCAGCUGGAGUCAUUCUCUUUAUUUUGUUGACAGGAAUACCACCAUUCAAUGGGAAUAGCGAUGGAGAAAUCGUUAAACAAAUCAGAACAGGCAAGUUGAACCUCGAUAUAAAGGAGUUGUAGGUUGUCUCUGAAAGUGCCAAGGAUCUUAUUUAGAAAAUGAUUUGCAAACAUUCUCAAAGAUUGAAUUCUUCACAGGUCUUAUAACAUGAAUGGCUACAAAAUCUCAGUUAGAAUGAUUUAAAAUUAAGUCUUAAUUUUGAUUCGUUAAAGUAAUUCACUUAACAAAGCAAAUUGAAAAAAAUUGUGUUAGCUUAGAUUGCAACUCAAGUAAGUUUGAAUGAGAUUGCAGAACUUAGCAAAUUAUUCUAAAGUCUAGACAAAGAUGGGAAUGGACAAUUGAGUUUUGAGGAAUUCAAAAAUGGAUUCAAGGAAAAGAAAAAUGAUUUGUUGCAAUACUUCGAAGCUAUUGAUACUGACUCAUCAGGGUCAAUCGAUUAUAAUGAAUUUAUAGCAGCCAUGAUGGAGAGGACGUUCUAUUUGAAAUAAGAUAAAUUGUUGCAAGCUUUUCAAACUUUUGAUCUAGAUAACGAUGGCAAGAUCACUGCUUAAGAAUUGAAAAAAGUACUCGGAGACAACGAUUAUUAUAAUAAGAUUGAUUCUAAGUUUUGGGAAUCCUUAGUCAAGGAUGGAGACUUUGAUGAAGAUGGAAAAAUUGACUAUCUGGAAUUUGUUGAAAUGAUGAGUGAUUUAUGA